CUUGUCGCGCGGAUACGAACGCGGGCGAGCCUGGCCGAUGCCCGUGAACCCCGAAUAUAUACCAUUAGUGACAUUCUAAUGCAGGUGAUGCUGACAUGGCUACGUCGACGUCCUUCCUGCACUUCGUAUGUCCUGGAUACCCGACGAAGCGAAACACAAUUCCGCUCAUGAUGCAUCCGUACGAGGCUUACAUUACACACCAUUUGUAAAGCAAAUUUGCAAUCUUUGGACAUCUUGUAUAAUUGUGCUCGUCUGGAUGCUUUUCAGGACCGCAAACUGAAUAUCUCUCGCAGCACCCAACAACCCCAUGAACGCCGUAAGGGUCACCUCGUGGACUGCACCACCUGAAUGCAUUUCAGUCCCAAAUCCACCGGCACCUUCACCAACCCAGCUUCAGCUCAACGUUCUAUCUGUCGGAAUACCACCGGUCGUACGGCUUCGAGCGGCAGGCCUCCACCCAACAGCGCGCAAUGCCGUUCUCCCCUUCGAUCCCAGCAUCGACGGCGUCGGACAAGAUGAAACUACAGGCGACCUAUACUAUAUUACACCACUAGCAGCACCGCUUCUUGCUGAGCGGGCGAACGUUGAACAGAGCCAGGUUGUGAAGCUGGAUGAGGGCACCGACCCAAUAGCUGUCGCAGGACUCAUGAAUCCGGUGUCAAGCAGCUGGAUGGCGCUACGCUGUCGAGUAAACGGCAGCUGUCAGGGACGUACUAUCGUUAUUGUCGGCGCAACAAGCGCGAGUGGUCGGGCAGCUGCUAUCGUGGCACGCUAUUUAGGAGCACGGCGGAUCAUUGGGAUAUCACGAAAUCAGGAAACUCUUGAAGGCGUGAAAGGAUUAGAUGACCGCGUUCUUUUGAGGACACCAUUCGUUCUGCCUCCCAAUAUUGGACCGCUGCACAUAAUUCUAGACUACGUGGGUGGGACGGCUGCCGCCAAACUUCUCGAAACAGCGGAAGUAGAGCCCGGAGUUGAGCUUCAGUAUAUUCAGGUUGGCAGGCUUGCCGCGGAGGAACCUCCUAUGCUCAAACUGUUGCCGCCUCAUUUGAUCAGCUCGAAGCCGAUUUGCAUUAGGGGCUCGGGGAUGGGAAGCUUCACCAAGCAAGACUUGAAGAAUGAGAUGGAGGGUUUGAUCGCGUUUAUCACGAGAAUUGAGCGGCCGUUUGAGAUCUUGAGUAUACCACUGAGCGGCGUGCAGUCUUCCUGGGAAUCCCAGGAAGUCAAACCGAAGAGAUUAGUUGUGAUGCCCCACCCAUAAUAGCUGUUAUGUGAAUUACAGUCAGAAGCCGAAGCCAUUCAGAAUACUCUUUUACCAGACGCGUAAUUUAAAAACACCCAGAUUCAAUUAUUCAAA